AUGCCUAUAAAAGACUUCACUAACCCAGCUUUUUCGAACCCACAAGAGACAUCCUCACAGCAUACACACACAAAAAUGCCUUCUGUCGCCGACAACACUUCCAACGGUCCCAUUGAGGGCAACGUUCUGCCCCAGUCCAAGUUCAUCCAGCACCUGAGCGAGUAUCCAGCUGUUGCUGCCGUGACUGGCUUCGCUGCCUCUUUCCCCGUUGUCAAGAUUUUUGCAUCCAACGCCGUUCCUCUCAUCCAGGCCAUCCAGAACCGAGGUGCCCCCGUCGCCGAGCCCGUCGUCAAGCGAGCCGCCCCCUACAUCUCUCAGAUUGACAACGCUGCCGACGAGGCCCUCAACCGACUCGACAAGGCCGUGCCCUCUCUCAAGAACACCAAGCCCGACGAGGUCUACAGCCGAAUCGUGACCCAGCCCUUGGAGAACGUGCGAGGUACUGUCGACAAGUACGCCGACGAGACCAAGAACACUGUCUCCCGAGUGGUUGUGCAGCCCAUCCGAGACGUUGCCUCCAGAGUCCAGUCCCAGGUUGUCACCUACUACGAUGCCCAUGGAAAGCCCAUUGUCCACGCCCGACUCGACCCCAUCUUCCACCCUCUCAACGACCGUCUCGAAGCCCUGAUCAACGCCUACCUGCCCAAGGGCCAGGAGAUUGUGACUGAUGCCGAGAACGAGCUGGCCCGAGCAUGGCGCCUCACCGUGGUUGCUUUUGACCGAGCCCGACCUCUGAUUGAGCAGCAGACUUCCCAGAUUCAGGAAAUCAACCAGCACACCCGAGAACACAUCCAGAAGGUUUACGACGGCAAGCGAUCGGAAAUCGACGAUAAGAAGACUGUCUCUGGUCCAGUAUACGCCACCGUCGCCACUGUCCGAGAUCUUUCACAGGAGGGCCUCCAGUACGCCCAGUCCAUUCUGAAUGCCAAGAAGCCCGAGGAGAAGGCCGACUCUAACUCUGGUGUUGCUCCCGUGAGCCAGCCUCACACCACCUCCGCUGUUGACAACUCCCUCGCUGCUCCCACCGCCGUUCACGAGGUUACUGCUUCUGCUUAA